CUGGUCCUAUCUAUUUGCAUCCUCAAUCCUACUGUGAUUAUUACUGUUAUUACUAUUUACUCUUCAUCUUUUUCCAGGUUGACAAUGAUCCAUCAAACUCUCUGAAGGACCAGCAUGGAGAUUGGCAUUCUGAACCGUUAAUGGGGACAUGGGACUCACAUUGUCGUUGAUCAUUUGCGAGGACUUACCCAGCGAAGAGCAUCAGAAGACGCUAGCAAGGCAGUGGAAAUUUUAGCAUUUUUUUCAGAAUGUCUGAGCAAGGUAAAUUGAACCAGGAGACAGCGGAGGAAGCUGUGAAAGAUCAGGAGGCUGCCAUCUCCGAAGCGACCUCAGACAACUGUAUCCUCAAUAAAUCUGAAAGCUCAGAAGUAGAGGAAAAGGAGGAGAAGCUGGGCGAUGCCAAGACAGAGUCGCAGAAGCGAGGUGCAAACCAGCAGAGGAGGAAAUCUAAGUCAGGAGCUAAAGGAAAGCUUGUCCGGAGUCUUGCUGUGUGUGAAGAGUCAUCCCCUCGCCCAGGGGCAGAAGUUGUUCAUGAUAACCAGGAAUCCAUACAGCUACAGCUCUCCAGUUUUCCUAGCUUACAAGAAGAAGAUAAAUCUAGUAAAGAUGACUCCGAGAAAGAAAAGGAAAAGGACAAAAAUAAAGAUAAAAACAGUGAAAAAAACAAGAUCAGAAUGUUAUCAAAAGAUUGCAGUCAAGAGUAUACAGACUCAACAGGCAUAGAUUUGCAUGAGUUUCUGAUUAACACAUUAAAGAAUAACCCCAGGGACAGAAUGAUACUCUUGAAAAUGGAACAGGAAAUUAUUGACUUUAUUAGUGACAACAAUAAUCACUAUAAAAAGUUCCCUCAGAUGUCAUCAUAUCAGAGGAUGUUAGUGCACAGAGUGGCAGCAUACUUUGGAAUGGAUCACAAUGUGGAUCAAACUGGAAAAUCUGUAAUUAUCAACAAGACCAGCAAUACAAGAAUACCAGAGCAAAGGUUUUCUGAACAUUUAAAAGAUGAAAAAGGUGAAGAAUCCCAGAAGCGAUUUAUCUUGAAGCGAGAUAACUCUAGUAUUGAUAAAGAAGACAAUCAGCAAAACAGAAUUCUUCCAUUUAGAGAUGACAGACGAAGUAAAUCAAUUGAAGAGAGAGAAGAGGAGUAUCAGAGAGUGAGGGAGAGAAUAUUUGCACAAGAUUCAGUUUGCUCCCAGGAAAACCUUUUUGUGGAAAACAGUAGGCUGUUGGAAGACAGUAGUGUAUGCAAUGACACCCAUAAGAAAAGACAGCUGUUUAGGGGUAACAGGGAUAGCACGGGGAAGGCAUCUGGCAGUCGGCAGAGCAGCACAGAGAAUGAAUUGAAGUGGACAGACCACCAGAGACCGUGGAGCAGCACAGACUCAGACAGUUCAAAUCGAAACUUGAAGCCAGCCAUAACAAAGACAGCAAGUUUUGGUGGAAUAACUGUUCUGACAAGAGGAGAUAGCUCAUCAAGUAACAGAAGUACCGGCAAACUGUCCAAAACAGGCUCAGAGUCUUCCAGCAGCGCUGGCUCCUCAGGAUCCCUGUCACGACUACAUCAGCCUCUCCAAAGUGCACCUCUUGUCCCCGGAGUGACCGCCAGCUCUUCGGGCAGCGUGUCCUACGCCGAAAACGGGAUGAGUGGCCAGGUAGCGCCCGGCAACACCAGCUAUAUCCUCCUUCCACUUGAAGCUGCGGGGAUACCGCCUGGCAGUAUCCUGCUCAACCCGCACACAGGCCAACCAUUUGUAAAUCCUGAUGGGACCCCGGCAAUAUACAAUCCUCCCAGCGGCCAGCAGACCAUGAGGAGCCAGAUGGUCGGACAGUCCCAGCAGCAGCCUUCAUCCCAACAGCCCCAGCAGGGCCCGCCGCCCCAGCAGCAAAUUGCGAGUCACCUGCUCACGCAGCCUGUCCAGGCAAUGCAGCCAUCAUCUCAGUCAGUCCAAUAUCCAGCAGUUCCUUAUCCUCCCCAGCAUCUCCUGCCAGUCUCUCCAACGCAGCAGUUUUCUGUGCGAGAUGACAUGACAACACAGUUUAGCCAGAUGAGCUUAAGUCGUCAGUCGUCGGGAGACAACCCCGACUCGCCUUCCGGUCCUGUCUACCCGUCACCGAUGCUGCAGCAGCCGGCGCAGCAGCCGGGCUACAUCAUGGCCUCGCCGAGCCAGCAGCUCCCCGCAGGCGGCUUCACCGGCUCGGGGCCGCCCGUGUCCCAGCAAGUGCUGCAGCCGCCGCCGCCGCCCCAGGGCUACGUGCAGCAGCCACCGCCUGCUCAGAUGCCAGUGUAUUAUUACACAUCUGGUCAGUACCCUACCUCAACAACUCAGCAGUACAGACCCAUUGCCUCAGUUCAGUACAGUGCGCAGCGGAGUCAACAAAUACCACAGACUGCACAGCAAGCAGUUUUGCCAGUACUUUCGGAUGGACCAACUCAGAGCUUUUGGCAAAUAAGUUACCAGCCUGUCUUGCCUAAUCAGCAGCAGGGGUUCCAGGGUCUCAUGGGAAUGCAGCAGCCUCCCCAAAGCCAGAGCCUGAUGAACAAUCAACAGGGAAAUCAGGUGCAAGGCAUGAUGGUGCAGUAUCCAGCCAUGUCGUCUUAUCAGGUGCCAAUGACCCAGGGUUCUCAAGGAUUGCCACAACAAUCAUAUCAACAACCAAUCAUGCUACCUAAUCAAUCAGGUCAAGGAACACUUACAGCCACUGGAAUGCCUGUUUACUGUAAUGUCAUACCUCCUGCCCCACAGAACAACCUACGGUUGCUUGCCCCACACUGCCCCUCCAAUAACGUUCCAGUUAUUUCUGCCAGCUGCAGGACAAACUGUGCAAGCAUUAACAAUGCAGGGUGGCAGGUCAAGUAUUGACACUGUGGCUUAGUGUGGAUAUACAGAGGAUAGCGGUGCAUUAUCUGACAAAUAACUCAUGGCCUUCAAAGGAAGUGGAACACAACAGGAUAAACAGUUGAGGACAUAAGUACUGACUAUGCUCAAGUGAUUUGCUGCUGGAAAAACCUGUAAAAAAUAAAGUUAAUUUUGAAAAAAUGUUUGCUGGUUAAUGGUGCAUAUUUUUGUCAUGUCUGCUAGGUAUGCCUUUAUAGCUUAGCUAGUGACAUGAAUUCAUUGAGGUAAGAUUUUUUCCUACCACUGAACACCACUGUGUAGAUUGUAAUAUCCCUGAUUCGGAUUAGUUUUGUACUUUGUGUUGAGUUUGUGAAGCUAAAAGUAUUUAAAAAUAUAAUAAAUUCACAUUGUACCAAAGCUGUAAUGGAAAUUAAAAAACAGAAACAAAAAAAAGAAUUACUGAAUGGAAGGAAUAAUUUAUAUACACUAUAGAGUUUUUUUAUGGAUAUAUACUGUAUUGUAGUGUUUAAUCACAAUAAAGCUAUUUGACCUCAUGGAGAAAGGUCAUGUUUCUACCA